UUUUAAUAGACAGGCAGGAUACUUGUCCAAUAAAAAUGCAAGCCCUCUAUCUGAUGUUGUAAUUGGCAACAACAGCUGCCAAUCAGAGCCCAGUAACCAGCGUCCGGUUUCCUCAGCGAGCUCGGAAAGCAAGGGGCGGUGGGGGGUCAAAGAUACGCAGAGAAACGGGCUGCUGGUGGCGAAGAUGGCGGAUGGGGACAGUGGCAGUGAGCGCGGUGGUGGAGGCAGCAGCAGCGGCGGAGGGGGAGGAGGAGGAGGCGGCAGCGGAUUUCAGCAAUACCAGCGGGAAGUGGAGACCCAGGAGCUGGCCUCGAAGCGGCUGGACAUUCAGAACAAACGCUUCUACCUUGAUGUAAAGCAGAACGCCAAAGGCCGGUUCAUCAAAAUCGCCGAGGUUGGCGCUGGGGGCUCGAAAAGUCGGCUGACCCUCUCCAUGUCAGUUGCGGCAGAGUUCCGCGACUACCUGGGGGAUUUCAUAGAGCACUACGCCCAGCUUGGGCCUAGCACCCCGGAGCAGAUCGCUCAAUCAUCCGGUGGGGAUGACAGCGGGCCUAGACGGGCCCUAAAGAGCGAGUUCCUGGUGCGUGAGAACCGAAAAUACUACCUCGACCUGAAGGAGAACCAGCGGGGUCGGUUUCUCCGGAUACGGCAGACCGUCAACCGAGGCCCCGGUUUCGGAGUUGGAGUGGGUGGCAUCCCCGGGGCUGGUCUGCAGGCCGGACAAACCAUUGCACUACCGGCUCAAGGCUUAAUAGAGUUUCGUGACGCUUUGGCCAAGUUGAUAGACGACUACGGGGGAGAUGAGGAGGAGCUGGCCGGCGGUGGAGGGGCCGGGGGCUACAGCGAGCUUCCGGAGGGCACCUCGAUCAUGGUGGACUCCAAGCGGUUCUUCUUUGACGUUGGGUCCAACAAGUACGGAGUUUUCUUACGGGUGAGCGAAGUGAAGCCCAGUUACAGAAACUCUAUAACAAUCCCCUUCAAGGCGUGGAGCAAGUUCGGGGGAGCGUUCAGCCGCUACGCCGAGGAAAUGAAAGAGAUCCAGGAGCGGCACCGGGAUAAGAUGUACGAGAGGAGAGUCGGAGAGGAGUCGGAGGGCGACGACGUGGACGACGAUUGAUGGAGAGGUGGUUACAUGUGAUGAAGCUGACAACAUGAUGCAAAGCCUGGCGUUAAACAAAGAGAGAUGAACGACUAUUCUGUGCAUGACGAAUCGAACUUUACAAUGCUAAAACAACGGAGUAAAAUUAAAAAUGUGUAUAUUUGACUGAUAAAUCACUGUCUACAUAAGGAAUCAUGUCCUAAAGUUUAGGUCGAUGUUAUAGCUAAAUGAGUGCGAACUGCAUAGUCAGCUCCUGUAUGAGAUUCCCCAUUGAUAAAUAUAUAUAUAUAUAUUGAUUUUUCUAUUUGAUAACCUCCCAUGUAGCCCAACUAAUUAAGUUUGACAGUGCUCAAGAUACACCAAUAGGUUACCAGACCCACUUCCUGCUUGAUAUCCCUGCAGAGCUCACCUGGUGCUGACCUGUAGUCUGUGUGAUGAUAAUAAGGAUAAGUGUGAAACGUGUGACAUAUUCAUACCAACAGGUGCAGAGUGGGAGUGAGACUGAGCACUUGCAUCACUCACCAUGGCUGUGUGUGUUUUUGUCUAUAAUGACCUGUAACGAACGGCUUGCCCACAGACCCACACCAAGAGUCACUGUCUCAGCUAUAGGGGGCAUCCUUGGCAUCUCAGGACAUCCACUCAGCCCAGCGAGGUCUUAUAAGGUGAUCUUUACAAGCACAUGACUCAUUUGGAUCCUCUGGACAAUCCAAACGAGUCCAAAUGACCUCUUCCCUCCCUCUCUCCUUCCUGGGCAUCCCUUAGGUGCUAACCACCUGCUCCGAUAGCUGAAACGUGGUGAGGCCUCCUCACACGUGGCUUGUUUUGUCUCAGGGCUGGCUGGUCCAAUCUGUAUUUUUGGGUAUAUCAGCAUUACCUGUGCCUGUGCAUCAUCUUUUUAGAGGUUCUGGGUGCAGAGCUGGUCAGCCAGUAGCUGCAGUCGAGACGUCUUUGGCAACUGAUGAUGUCUCAUAUGAUGCAGUCCCAUGUUUGACCCCUGUUACCUUUUUGUCAAAGGGGACGGGGCGAGCUCAGGCCUCUAGCACUGGUCACGAUUUUUCGAAUUAAAGUUAAUAUUGCCGAACUUAAGCUAUGGUCUUAAGGGAAUUGACCUUGUUGGCUUAUUUAGGGUGCAUAAGAAGAAAAAAGAAAAAAAAUAUACUGGAAGAGAUUUACUUACUAAAAAGAUCAAGUAUAGAUAGAACUUAUUUUUCAAAAAAGAUAUAUUGAAAUGUGUCUUCGAAAUAUGAGACAUUUAUUAGCUAAUGCUGCCUAAAGUGGCUUAUUUAAAACACUAAACUUGGAUGCAACUGUCCAAGAUGAUAUUUCAUACCUGCUUUUUUUCCUAACAUUUCUGUUAUUCCUUAGAGGAAAUUAAGAAGAUUACAACAAAUUGAUAAAGUAUGUUAUAGCAAUUUCUAGAAACAACUUCAUUGAAGAAGUUUGUCAGCAAACACUAAGCACUCCAGUUCACUUUACAUAGCAUCAAGUUGUCCCCUCGUUUCAGUCCACCCGUUACCAUUUUUGUCACAAACUGGCUUUCCAUCAGUUGCCAUACGACGCACACAAACACCUGCAAUCAUCAACAUUUUGUCUUUAGUGCUCCUUUUUAAAAAAUAUGAAUUUUUGCAUGCCUGCUCUUACGCGGAGCUGCCUUGUGUUCUUUUGUUUUGCAUAUUCUGAUUGCUGUAUGAUGGUAUUUAUCCAUUUUUGAGAGCGGUUUCAAGUUUUAUUUCUUGCAAUGGAAAAGGUUUAAAAGUUUACUUCUCAGCCUAAUAAAAAAAAAAAAAAAAGCCACAAAGUUCCGUGCUUUGAGGAAUGUCACAUUCAUUGUCAUUCAUUUCCUUUGGUGUGUAAACCUCUCGUUGAAUUUUACUUUACCCAUUUACACAGCAGAAAAAUGCCAUAUGAAAAAAAUAAACACAUAGGAGCAAUAGUUUCAUUUUAUUUUCUAUUGAUAUAAAUAUACUAUAUAUAAUAUUACACGUGAGAUUGAACUACAUCCUUCUUCCUGUACUGUGUUAUGUGAAAUGGCAGCUGUUUCAGUCAUGUGUGUUCUGCUGUAAUAUACCAAGUUCCUUUCAACAAGAAAUAAAAAAGGAUUUUGCUCAGGA